UCCCUCACGAUUUCAAAUGUUAAAAAAGAAAAAAGAAAAAAAAAAAGAGGCAGACCCUCACAUACUCUCUACUUUCUGCAUUGGCAUGCUUAUGUCAGGUGCCGGCAAGAUACAUAUUUCAGUUGCCAAUAACUAGUUGAGAAAUGCUAUAACGCUUCUCUAAAUAGGUUUUUUUGCUUUUAUUUUUAAUUUUAUUUCUGUAUGGAUCUCUAGCGCCCCGCAGAUUCGAAGCGCAUGGAGAAUAGUUCAGAGGCCUGGCUUCUCUGAAGGAUUAAUCAAACUAUAAAGGGAACCCAGUUGAAGCUGAUUGAUGAAAACAAGGUGAGUCGAUAAUGUUUGGUUACCUCUGUUCAAGACAUCUAUUACUAGGCAAACACUGGAGGACCAAUUUGGGUUUUCUUCCGAAAAAUGGUUUCUUUAUUGGCAAAUCAUUUGCUUCAGUCGGUUUAUCUGAAUCUAAUGAAAAACUAGAAGAAGAAGAGCAUUCUUUUGCGGUGUCUUACUUCAUAAACUAUUGUGGGUUGUCCACAAAAUCUGCUAUUUUAGCAUCCCAGAGGGUACGAUUUCGAACUCCGGAGAAACCAGACUCAGUGCUUAAUCUCCUCAAAGAGAAUGGGUUCACCAAUACCCAAAUCUCCCGGCUUGUCAAGAUAGAACCGCGGCUGCUUUUAUCUAAUCCUGAGAAGACCCUUUUGCCCAAGAUUGAGUUUUUCCGUUCUAUGGGGGCUUCAAGCUCCGACCUCUCUAGGAUCCUCUCUUCAAACCCUUCUCUGUUAAGAAGGAGCUUGGAGAAACAUCUUAUACCCUGUUAUGAUUUCCUCAAGAGUGUGCUUAUUCUUGACGAGAAAGUUGUUACCGUUUUCAAGCGCUCACCAUGGGUUGUUUUAAUGCAUAAUAUGGUUCCCAAUAUAGCACUUUUGAGAGAAGUUGGAGUGCCUCAAUCCAUAAUCUCUUUCUUGGUAACUAAUUUUCCUUCUACAGCGUUUGUUAAGCAUACUAGGUUUGCUGAGGCUAUCCACGAGUUGAAGGAAAUGGGAUAUGAUACCUCCAAAACGGUUAUUGUCUAUGCGAUCCAAGUUUUAUUGAGGAUGAGUGAACCAGAGUUGGAAUCGAAGUUGGAGUUUUAUAGGAGAUGGGGUUGGUCAAAAGAUGUUGCUCUCUUAGCCUUUAAAAGGCAUCCAAAUUGUAUGCUUUUAUCAGAUAAGAAGAUCACAAAAGCAAUGGACUUCCUUGUGAACAAAAUGGGUUGUUCAUCAACAAACAUUGCUAGAAAUCCUACAGUUCUAUUUUUCAGCUUGGAGAAGAGGAUUAUGCCUAGAUGUUCAGUUAUUCAGAUUUUGAUAGCCAAGGGUUUGGUUAAGAAUGAUUUGUCCCCGGCCACUUUCAUACUACCUGGUGAGAGGUGCUUCCUGGUGAGAGGUGCGACCCCGCCAUGUACUACGGAGAAUAGUAAGAAGAAGACGGGCCUGAAGAUGUGAGAGGGUCGCCCUCUGUCGCUGGCCUUCAUCAAAUCGCAGAGCGGUUUGCGAUUUGUUACUUCGCGGCCUCUCUCACAUCUUGCUAUUCUCCCUUUAGCCGACAUGUACUUCGCGGCCUAAUUAGUGAUUUGUUACUGCUGCGAUUUCUAGUUAAGGUGGGCGGCCCAAUUAGCCCCACACUUGGGGGGGCCCAAGGAGGCCUGCUUCUCAAUUCUACUUCCACUUUUUUUUUUUUA